AGAUAGCAGGCAGUAGAACAGAUGCAUUUGUGUUAUACACCGCACCUUUCAGCACUUCUAUGCACACAGUGUUGACACGUCUCCUGAUAGCCUGCGCCAUCUUGAGAAAAUCUCCCAGUGCUACCAACAGGCAGAAGCACAACAGCCAACGUCCGUUCUCCACCAAGGGUGUGUGACGAAUGCAAGAUCUAAGGUGCAGCACAACCUCCCGGCCCGAAAGCGAAGAGGUCAAUGUGUUCAGAGUUGGUUCUAUGUGGGAUAUCUGAAAAUACCUUAGAAAACUGAGAGCAAUUACAACACUACCCGCUCGUGGCAUGGAGCUGGAAUAUGGUGUUCAACAUGGUGACGAAGCGAUGGUGUUGGACGCCCUCGCUCGCAGCGCCGACGUCACCAUAACAACUAAGAUGGAUAAUGAACAAUCAGGCUGCUUGUUGUGUCUGGCAGGUAAAGUGGGUCACGCCCAGCUGGUGCCUCACCUUCUAGCAGCUGGUCUUAAUGUAAAUGGCUCAGGAGAGUCCUUGCUGACACCAAUAUACGUAGCAGCACGUCAUGGUCAUGAUCAGGUACUGAGAGAACUGCUCAAAGCUCAGCCCAACUUAGAAGACAAGAAAUAUGAAGGUGAGAACCACAACAUCUACUGUAUAUUAUUAUCUUAUGUAUUUGAACUCACGUAUUUGUAAUGGAAUAAAUCUAGGUUCAUGUGGGGAUCUCUGUUGCUAAAACUAUAUUAUUAUACACUGAUCUUAUUAUAUAACUAUAUUAUUAUACACUGGUCUUGUUAUAUAACUAUAUUAUUAUACACUGGUCUUAAUAUAUAACUAUAUUAUUAUACACUG